AUGGCGGAAGCACUCGGCGUUGCAUCCAGCGUCAUUGCUGUGGUCGAAUUAUCUGAAAAAGUAUUUUCCCUAUGCCUAAAAUACGUCGGACAGGUGAAGAACGCCGAGAAUGAUAUUCAAAGACUACGCAAUAAAGUUAACGGUUUUUUGGAUACCGCCAUAAAGCUCCAGGACCUCGUUAAAGGACCUCGUGGCAAUGAGUUGAAAGCAUUGCAACACUUCAAGUCUACGAUAGAAGACAGUCGCUUGAAGCUGGAAAACCUCGAGAAACAGCUUCAGCUUUCGACUAGUCGAAAGGGGAUGAGCUUUUUCACUAUAUGCGCACACAAAUGGGCAUUUGAAAGCAAAGAAGUUAACGAAAUCGUUGAGGAUCUCGAACGUUGCAGAGGCACUAUUUCUUCAGCGUUGACUAUCGAUCAGACCACGAUCCUCCAGAACGUGAAUGACCGAACUACGCUUAACCAAUUACCCAUUGCACACGGUGCCUCUUUUGACUCCAAGGCAGAAGAACACAACCCGACUUGCCUGCCCGACACCCGCGAAAAGCUCCUCAAAGAAAUAGACCGCUGGAUUGACGACCCUGGGUCGAAGACGAUCUUCUGGCUGAAUGGAAUGGCGGGAACGGGAAAGUCGACUAUCUCGCGGACUAUUGCUAGAAGGCGAUCUAAGCGAGGUGAUCUCGGUGCCAGCUUUUUCUUCAAGAGAGGAGAGAUGGACCGAGGCAACCUCAACAAAUUGAUGUCCACUCUAGCCUACCAACUGGCUUUCAACAUUCAAGGAGCUGCUUUCUUCACCAAGAAGACCCUUGAUGACAAUCCAGCCAUUAUAGAAAAGUCGGCAAGAGAGCAGUUCCAAAAGCUCAUCCAGGAACCGCUGUCCGGGGCAGCAGCAUCGGUGAAGGUGUUGUCGCCGAUCGUGAUCGUGAUAGAUGCCUUGGACGAGUGUGAUCAAGAGGCUGAUGCCAGGUCGCUGAUAAAAAUUCUCUCGCAAGCCAAAACUCCGCUUCCUCACCUCAGGGUGUUCGUGACGAGCAGGCCGGAGCUUCCCAUUCGGUUGGGAUUCAGUCAGGUGCAGGACUCCUACCAGGACUUAGUUCUACAUGACAUCCCACCAGAAAGUGUCGAGCACGAUAUAGUUGUGUUCUUGGAUGCCGAGUUUGAGAAGAUCCGAAACGAUUUCAACACGACUGUUGGCGAUGAAAGGAAGCUGCCUCCGGAUUGGCCAGGCAGCCCAAUUGUACAGACUCUUGCGCAGAUGGCUGUACCGCUCUUCAUCUUUGCAGCUACUGUUUGUCGUUUUGUCGGUGAUUCCCGACGGAGGAAUCCUCGAACACGAUUGCAGACGGUGCUGGAUCAAGAGGGGACAAAUCAUGGGUCGCGACUCGAGCAAACCUACACACCGAUUUUACACUCACAGAUCGCCGAACUGCCAAAGAAAGAGAGAGAUGAGGUGAUCAAAGACUUCAAAGUGAUUGUCGGCAGUAUCGUUACCCUUGCGAGUCCUCUAUCGGUGACAGCACUUUCACGAUUGAUCGACGUUCUACCUGACACUGUAGACGAAAGAUUAGAUGCGCUGCAUUCGGUAUUGAGCAUCCCGCUCGAACGAGCAAUGCCUGUACGGCUGCUGCACUUGUCGUUCCGAGACUAUCUUGUUGACCGAGGCAGUAAAGCAACAUCGGAUUUUUGGGUAGAUGAAAAGCUUACGCACCGAAGGCUAGCAAAACACUGCUUGCGUGUCAUGCGUGGCGCUCUUCGGAAGAACAUAUGCGGCCUAUCUUUUCCCGGUAUGCGUCGAUCUGUGGUGGACCUUGAGCAACUGGAGAAAAGUAUACCUUCACAAGUCCAAUAUGCUUGCAUGCACUGGGCUUAUCAUCACACCGAGGGUGACUCCAGGCCAGACGAUGGUGAGGAAAUUUAUAACUUUUUGACGACAAAGUUUCUGCAUUGGGUGGAAGCGAUGAGUCUACUGGGGCGAGCCAAGGAAUGCCUGGACUCACUUAGGUUACUAGCCCGAUGGGUAGAGAACCGAGAAGACUCGAGGCUGUCGACUUUUGUGGCUGAUGCAGUGCGGUUUGUUCAGACCUACUUUUCCGUAAUAGCCGAAGCGCCGCUGCAGAUUUAUUGCUGUCUGGCUUUUACACCAAGCAAGAGUGUUGUGCGAAUGAGAUUUGAAUAUGCUAUUCCGAGAUGGAUAAGCGCGUUGCCGAAGGUUGAGGCAAACUGGGAUGCGUGCUUGUUGACUCUAGAGGGCCAUACCGGCCAUAUCUACUCGGUGGUGUUCUCGCACGACUCGAAAAAGGUGGCAUCAGGCUCUGAUGACAAGACGAUACGGAUCUGGGAUGCCGAGACGGGCGAGUGCGAGCGAGAGCUGAAGGGCCAUACCGAGUAUAUCAGCUCGGUGGUGUUCUCGCACGACUCGAAAAAGGUGGCAUCAAGCUCUGGGGACGAGACGAUACGGAUCUGGGAUGCCGAGACGGGCAAGUGCUUGUUGACUCUAGAGGACCAUACCGGCCAUAUCUACUCGGUGGUGUUCUCGCACGACUCGAAAAAGGUGGCAUCAAGCUCUGGGGGCGAGACGAUACGGAUCUGGGAUGCCGAGACGGGCAAGUGCUUGUUGACUCUAGAGGGCCAUAUCAACCAAAGCUACUUGGUGGUGUUCUCGCACGACUUGAAAAAGGUGGCAUCAUGCUCUAGGGACGAGACGAUACGGAUCUGGGAUGCCGAGACGGGCAAGUGCUUGUUGACUCUAGAGGGCCAUAUCAACCAAAACUACUUGGUGGUGUUCUCGCACGACUCGAAAAAGGUGGCAUCAUGCUCUAGGGACGAGACGAUACGGAUCUGGGAUGCCGAGACGGGCAAGUGCUUGUUGACUCUAGAGGACCAUACCGGCCAUAUCCACUCGGUGGUGUUCUCGCACGACUCGAAAAAGGUGGCAUCAGGCUCUGAUGACAAGACGAUACGGAUCUGGGAUGCCGAGACGGGCAAGUGCUUGUUGACUCUAGAGGACCAUACCGGCCAUAUCUACUCGGUGGUGUUCUCGCACGACUCGAAAAAGGUGGCAUCGGGCUCUGGGGAUGAGACGAUACGGAUCUGGGAUGCCGAGACGGGCAAGUGCGAGCGAGAGCUGAAGGGCCAUAUCAGCAAUGUCAACUCGGUGGUGUUCUCGCACGACUUGAAAAAGGUGGCAUCAGGCUCUGAUGACGAGACGAUACGGAUCUGGGAUGCCGAGACGGGCAAGUGCUUGUUGACUCUAGGGGACCAUACCGGCUGGGUCGUCUCGGUGGUGUUCUCGCACGACUCGAAAAAGGUGGCAUCAAGCUCUGAUGACGGGACGAUACGGAUCUGGGAUGCCGAGACGGGCGAGUGCGGAGACCUCGUAUCAUUGCAUGCAGGUGUUCUAUCUUUUACGCUUGAUGGGCGUGGCAUUGUCACAGACUGGUACAUUUCCCCUGACAUGCAGCUCACAAUUUCGCCCCGGUUCUGCUAUGCCGUGGCAAUCUUCGCAUGCCCCGAUGCUUGCCUGCACAGGCAGCACCUGGGUCACGGCGGCCGGAAAGGACUUGCUCUGGCUGCCUCCCGGAUGCCGCGGCGGAGAAGUAGCUGUUUCGGGAAGCGGAGUUGUGAUAGGUUGCCUAUCAGGAAGAGUCUUGGUAUUGGGGAUUUCUAUGGCGGACAUGGAGCAGUGGAUGGAUACAACUACUGA